AUGGCUCCUCCCGCCCUCCAGAAACAAUACAUGUCCUCCGGCACGGCGCCCAAGAAAGCCAUCGCUGAACCACGACCUAGUGCGAGUAUCCUGUUGAUCUCGCCCUCCAACCAAAUCCUGCUCCUGCACCGCGUGCAGACCUCGAGCUCCUUCCCCUCCGCCCACGUAUUCCCCGGCGGGAAUCUAUCCGCGUCGCAGGAUGGGGAGAUUCCUGGGCCUACCGAUCCGAGACGGCAUGUUGACGGGCCGGCGUACAGACUGGGCGCUAUCCGGGAAUGUUUUGAAGAAAGUGGGAUUCUGCUCGCGAGGCGGGACGACGGGAGUGGUGCAUUAUUAGAAAUCCCCGAAGAAGAGCGGGAGAGAGCCCGGAAAGAUAUCCAUGCCGGAAAACUCAGAUUCGGCGAUUGGGUUAGAUCCCAAGGCGGCGUUGUGGAUUCAGACUCCCUGUUGCCAUUCACAAGAUGGAUUACUCCAACGAAUAUCCCGAAACGGUUCACCACGCAAAUGUACAUCUAUUUCCUACCACUAACCCAGACAUCGGCGAAAAACAUCUCCUCUGAAGCAGUGAUUCCGGUGCCUACUUCAGAUGGCGGCGUCGAACACACCGCCGCUUUGUUCGCGAGCUGUAAGGAAUGGCUUGACCAAGCCACGCGCAACGAAAUCAUCUUAUUCCCACCACAAUACUAUCUAAUGCAUCUCCUUUCCCCAUUCCUCGACACCCCAUCCUCAACAUCCCUCUCAACCGAAGACCUACAGAAACAGCGAGACGCCGUAUUAGAGUUUCUAAACGGGGAUGGUGAUGGCAAGGGCGUGAAAUGGGCAGAUAAAGUUAUGAGUCCUACGGGGUUGCUGAUUAGGAAGAGUGAUGGCAGAAGCGUUCUGGCGCUUGACAAGCCGGGACCGGAAUUGAAGGAUAGUGGGAGGAGAGGUGAUGAGAAGAGAGUCGUUUUGGUUAAGUUCAGGAAGGAAGGCCCUAGGAGUUUGGAGGUAAGACUGCGGAAAGAUGUUUUGGAUGAGGAAAAGGCAGUCGAGAAGGAUUCAAAAUUAUAA